GUUUCAACUUUCAUUCAACUACCACUUCACUCUUCAUAAAGAUAAUGUCUAUAGGAUGUCUUUAUUGUUUCAAAGUCAUAUGUUUCAUGAAGAAACACAUCAAGAAAGAAGACAUUAAACCCCUGAAAGCAGAAGGUUUGACAAAGGUUGGAGAAAAAGAUGCAAACAACAGCGUGGAGAAGAAAAAACCAGAGACAUGCAAGGAACCUGUGUACCGCCUUAUAGAAUGUAGCUCACGUGUAGGUAGCAGUAACAUGGAAGAGUACGAGUCUGAAGGUUUUUAUGUAGGUGUCUCUUCUUCACCAAUGACUAAUGAUUUCAACAAAGUGAAGACCUUUGAUUUUCGUGAAGUCGCAAAAGCCACGGCAAAAUGAAGAAAAAGUGUUUGAGAGAUAACUGUUGUGUAUUUAAUUACAUGUUCGUAUGUUACCAAUGCAACCAUCUCUCUAUUAAGAUAAAAAUAUUAAAGAAAACAACGAAGGAU